AUGGGAGAGCCUUUCUUCAAAAAAAAAAAAACUUUAUUUGCGGCUCCUGCUCCUGCUCCUCCACCCCCGGCCGCUCCUAAAGAGAGCUCGGUUGCUUUGAAGAUCAGACUUCACUGCGAAGGAUGUAUUCAGAAAAUCAAGAAAAUAAUAUUGAAAAUUAAAGGCGUCCAAACGGUGGCUAUUGAUGCAGCCAAAGACACGGUGACUGUGAAAGGCACUAUGGAUGUUAAAGAACUUGUGCCUCUACUAGCUAAAAAGCUAAAACGAACCGUGGAGCCUCUUCUUCCGGCUAAAAAAGACGAUGGUGCCGCCCCUCCCGCCGCCAAGAAAGAAGUCCCAGCCGCUGGAGCUAACGAAGCAAAGAAGGAAGGAGGUGAAGUCGUAGAGAAGAAGCAAGAGGGUGGCGAUAAUAAGAAAGAAGCCGGAGAGAAAAAGAAAGAGGCUGGAGAUGGCGGAGAGAAGAAGAAAGAGGCUGUAGAGGGCGGAGAUAAGAAGAAAGAGGCCGGAGACGGUGAGAAGAAGGAAGGUGGCGGCGUAGGAGGAGGAGUAGGGCCGGUGGCAAUGGUGAAUAAAAUGGAUUAUUAUGAAUACUCAUUUCCGACGGCUCCAAUGUAUUGGCAAGAAGGACACGUGUACGGACAGAGUUAUUCGAUUGAAGGUCAGACUUAUCCGAUGGGAGGUCAGAGUUAUCCAGGUUUAGGAUACAAUUACUCGAGUGAAAGUUAUGUGCCGUACUCGUAUCAAAACAUGAACACGCCUCCUGGAAUGUUCAGCGACGAGAACCCUAAUGGCUGCUCUGUUAUGUAAACAUGCGCUUGAAUUGUAGAUACUUUUAAGGGUCGAACUCGAAACCUAAAAUGUGGAACAUUCACAAAUGGGUAGCUUUAGACAAAUUUUUGAAAUUGAGAUAACAUUGUUUUUUUUGUUUUG